AUGCACCGCGCGGGUGAUCGUUGUGGCUGCAGCGCGGACGAGAAGCCGCUGCCUUUCACACCGGUGGACGCCAUCCGCAUUCAACAGGAGCUUAAGCACCAUGGCGGGGGGAUAAUUGCCGCUGAGCAGCAUGGCCGCACAUUUGCCUCACAGUACGCCUCGCCGCUGCAGAUGCUUCGACGGUCCACCGCACUUUGCAACCUACCGGCUUCUCGUUGCGGAGCGGAGGAUCCGCUACGGCAGGGCAACAGAAGCACCUCUCGCCCCUUGCGAAGUGCUCCCUAUUGCCGUGCGGAGCCUUGUGUUUUCAGGCGGAAGCAGCGAGGUGCGCCACAGCUGCUGCAUGCAGGAGACGUGAAACCGCCACCGUUUCCCAGCAGCGCAGCGAGGCUUGAAAACGACGUUGCCUUGGGCCUUGCUGCCUCUCUGUGGCACAGCGGCAACGUGGUCGGUCAGUGCAACGACCGCCUUGCCCACCUCUUAGUGCUCUCUUCCACCGUGGUGCAGUCGGUGCGGUGCGAGGCACAGAGUGGCCUGGAGCCGCACGUGCCAUUGGAGUUGCGGGAGGCGCUGAUGGCUGUCAUUGAGCACCUUGUCCGCCUGGAGUGCGUCGUUGCGAGGGCGAUGCUGCUGACACCCGUGGAGGAGGAGCCGCACCAGCGUCGAGCGGCAUACCCGAAACGGCAUGGGUUGUCAGAAGGCUACUCCUCUGGGGUGACUGCCACACGGAUGUCACGGAGUGCGUUUGCAGUUGCCGUGAGAGGUGCCGCACUGGUCCUCAUGGGGCUUGUGGAGCCUGCCACGCUGGCGACGGCGUCUGUUGUCCCCACCUGGCAGUGCUCGCUCGUUCGCACGGCGGCGGAUGUGCCGAACCGGUACGAUAUCCUUGACGCGCUGGCGGACGUUUUGCGGCCGUGUCGCCGCUUUACGGUACGCCGCACCUUCUGCGCCGUCGCUCGACACUUGGCAUUGGCGGUGCUGCAGGCGGCGGGCGAGGGGAAAUUUGGAACGCGUGGUGGGGCAGCCGCACUUUGCAUUUUGCGGCACAUCAAUACACGACCAGUGUGCCUCACCGUGGAGGAGCGCGUGGCUGGCCAGUGCUUCCUUGCCGCACUUGAGCGGAAGGCACGCAGGCUGACGGCGCUUUUGCCACCAGAUGUCUCGGAUGAAGCCAUACAGCCGACGAGAGAACUCAUUGACGCGGUGCGGCUUUUCUGCACACCGCCUGCAUGA